AUGGGUUUGGUUCUUCUCGUACUAGCACAUGUUGCUUUCCUCAGCAACGCCGGCGGUCCCAGAGUCAUCAUCGUGGGUGCUGGCAUGUCCGGGAUCUCGGCUGGGAAGAGGCUGUCGGAGGCCGGGAUUACCGACCUGGUGAUCCUGGAGGCGACGGACCGCAUGGGCGGGCGCAUCCACAAUGCCAAGUUCGCUGGGGUGAACGUGGAGAUGGGGGCCAACUGGGUGGAAGGGGUGAACGGCGACGAGAUGAACCCAAUCUGGACCAUGGCAAAUGGCACCGGAGGGCUCAACCUCAGGACCUUCCGCUCUGACUUCAGCCACCUCGCCGGCAACACCUACAAGCAAGAUGGCGGUCUCUAUGACGAGAAACUCGUCGAGAAGAUAAUCGAGAGGGUGGAUGAAGUGGCCGAGAGCGGCAGAAAGCUCUCCAGUGCCUUGCACCACAAUGGCCAACUGGACAUGUCUGUCAUGGUCAUGCAACGCCUCAACUACCAUAUGCCUUCUGGUCCUGUGGGGCCACUGGACAUGGUGAUCGAUUACUACCACCACGACUUCGAGUUCGCUGAGCCACCACGUGACACGAGCCUACUGAACACGCAGCCACUCGCAACGUUCAACAACUUCGGCAACGACGUCUACUUUGUGGCCGACCAUCGGGGUUACGAGUCCGUCGUCUACCACAUCGCUGAGCAGUACCUUGAGACAGACCACAAGUCAGGCGCCAUCGUCGACCCGAGGCUCAAACUAAACACAGUGGUGCGGGAGAUCACCUACUUACCAAACAGCGUCAUGGUGAAUACUGAGGACAACAAGGAGGUGUACCAGGCCGACUAUGUCAUCGUCUCGGCUAGCCUCGGUGUUCUGCAGACCGACCUCAUACGGUUCAAUCCAGAGUUGCCUUGGUGGAAGAUGAUGUCCAUCUACCAGUUCAACAUGGCCGUGUACACCAAGAUCUUCCUCAAGUUCCCUAGGAGGUUCUGGCCAGAGGGGCCUGGCAAGCAGUUCUUCCUAUACGCCAGUGAUAGGAGAGGGUACUACCCAGUAUGGCAGCAGUUCCAGAAGGAGUACCCGGGGUCGGACGUGCUGCUCGUGACGGUUACCGACGACGAGUCGAGGAGGAUCGAGCAACAAUCAGACAAGCAGACCUUGACGGAGGCGAUGGAGGUGCUGAGGAAAAUGUUCCCCGGGAAAGACGUGCCAGAUGCCACCGAGAUCCUCGUGCCGAGGUGGUGGUCCAACAGGUUCUUCAGAGGCACCUUCUCCAACUGGCCUAUCGGCGUUAACCGUUACGAAUAUGAUCUUAUCCGGGCUCCCGUUGGGAGGGUUUAUUUCACCGGUGAGCACACGAGCGAAAAGUACAACGGUUAUGUCCAUGGAGCGUAUCUUGCAGGUAUUGACUCUGCUAAUAUUCUGAUCAACUGUGCCGAGAAAAAAAAUGUGCACCUACAAUGUCAAGGGAAAACUUGA